AUGGCGCCAAAAAGAUCCAACAGUCGAUCUACCGACUACACUCUUGGGCUCCUGAAUAAUAUCAAUGCGCUCGGGCGCGACACCGCAGAUAUACAGGAACCCAAAAGGCGCCGCACCACCACCCAUGCCAAUGUUUUUGAUAUUCCCAUCUCCACCUCCCCGACAAAAUCUCGAAGGACUCCUCAAACUGAACCAAAAGAUACGGGUCGGUUGAAUCUGAGAAACCGCACAGUGCCUAGACUCGCGCGACCGGUUUCACCUCCCAGUGCUUCCGACAAUGAAGAAAACAAUGAGCCCAGCAAUAACGAAUCCGGGUCAGGCGAUGGCAAGUCCGAAUCAAUUCAAGAUAGACCCGGUAGCAGUGUAGAGGAGGAAUCGGAUGAUAACCGCGACGAGCUUCAGCCUGAGGCUGAACAUGAUCCGUUACCCGAACCAGUUGAUCUGUUCCCAGCCGAAGAUGAGGAUCCGACUUACGACCAGGUCGGAUACGAAGCUAGAAAUGCACAAGGCGAUGCAUAUGGAGAUGGAUCCGAAUACGAGGACGAAGGAGAAGCAGACGAUCAAGCUGGAGUGCAAGCUAGAGACGCACAAAAUGAUGCAUCUGGGGAUGGGUCCAAAUAUGAAGAGGAAGAAGAGGCAGACGAUCUGGCUGGAGAGGGAGCUACAUAUGCACAAGACAAUACAUCUGAAGGCGGAUCCGAAUAUGAAGCCGAAGAAGAGACAGACGAUCACUCUCCAGCUGAAGUCCAAACCCAUUCAACGCCCACCCAGCAGAUCGCAAACGCAGACACUCUCGAGGUGCAAAUCCUCGACAGCAUACCAAGAAACAAAAGGGAUGGCACACAUACAAGUCGCUUGUUAGCAAAUACUCAAGACUCUCAAAAUGCCUCGUCGCAGCUUCAGGAAGCACCAGAGACACCAACAAUCCAGUCACCCUGCCCAAAUCAGGAUCGUCGCAGCGCUCGCUCCGAUAUCUUCACGUGGUUGACAGAGACCACUAAAGAAUCUGGUUUCAAGGAGACCUGGGAAGCGAUCCGCAGGACAAGAAAAGCUCUAAAGGCCCAUGCUGAUCCCUCUAUGAAAGAGCGUUUCGGGGGGAUCAUAAAGCUCAUUCAGCGGCUACGAGGUCUGUUUGAAACAAUGGCCAACGAUCCUGCUUCGGCUUCUUCCUUGAAAAACCAGUGCAGUCUGAUCGCCAACAGCGUCUUUAAAGAGAACCAGUGGAUUAUUUACACCGAAGCCCCAGAAGAUGAAGAUGAUGGUGCACACCUAGUCAAUCAGCUCGAAGCCCAUAUUGUUCCCCGACUGAUUGACCUGAUCGUACUCGGAUUCAAGAACUACAAGACUAUAAAUGAUCGGGGAGCGCGACAUUUCCGCAUUAUCCUCGAUUUGCUUUGGGGUUCUUGUGAUAGGAUAUCUGCUCUCGCACAGAUGCAUUAUGAUAUUAGUGGGAGUGUGAUGGCUUAUUCUAAAAGGGCGACGAAACACGUGAAGACUCUUAAGGAUGCAUUAAACGAUGGCCGGCUAUGUGAGAAAUCCCAUCGCAUCCCCCAACGCCCUCUACCGUACAGGCAUUUUCAGUUGGAAGAGGUCGACAGCCAUAUCUCUUGUGGACGGUGGACCUAUGCAGAAAAGACAGCGCUCACUGAUGGCUUACAAUUAUAUGGGGGCGAAGAUCGAUACAUUGAUAUCAAGUGUGACAACAAAAUCGGCGGUCAACUCUCUGAGCGCAUCCUGCCAGAUAUCCAGCGCCAAGCCAUCAAACUUGGGUUGGAUGAUCCAUGA